GUCUGUUCCUAGAGUUGACUCUUGUGAUGAAGAGUCGACUAUUCCAUGCCUCCAAGACUUCUCCACUCUUUCAAAUUUGAGAGUCACGAAUCUUGCCCUUCUAGAAUUCAUUCAGUGUGCUCCUUAGAUUUGGAUUUCUACGCUAAAAACAUUCAAACAUGAAAUCCAAUUGAAAUCCAAAUCUAGAAAAACAGAAAUAGACAUUCAAACAUUCAAACUCAAUAGAAAAACAGAAAUUCAACCUCUUCCACGAAACAAUCUGAUUUUCACCAGCAUCACGAAGAAUAUUUAGAUUAAAAGCAAGAGUUUUACACUUCCAAUCCAUGGAUUCAACAACGAUAACAAUGAAUCAUGAAAUCAAACAAGACAUAUCCCAUGGCAAUUAUUAUAAAAACAAAACUGGGUUCCUCGCGGGGAACCCAGCAACUGGGAACCCAGCAACUGGGCUCCCUGUGGAACCUAGAUUUGGGUUCCUCGCGAGGAACCCAGCAACUGGGUACCUCGAGGAACCUAAAACUGGGUACCUCGAGGAACCCAAAACUGGGUUCCCCGCAGAACCCAGAUAUGGGUUCUGCAGGGAACCCAAGAUGAAGAGGGAUGAUGGAGGGAUGAUGAAGAGGAAGGCGGGUGAUGAAGAGGAAGCCGAGGAUGAUGAGGAGGAGGAGGAUGAGGAGCUCAAAUGGAGAUGAAGAAUUAAAGUUAAUUUCAUUUA